AUGCAAAGCAUAGUAUAAUUGGACUGUUUGAAGCAUAAUAACCAAUAGAUCUGCAUGCUAGACAUCGGAAAAUCAACCCUAAAUGGAUCUAGAACCCUCUGCUAGACCUGUUUCAACGAUUUGAGCUAGAAAGAGAAUGUGAUAUUCCUUUCUUCUUUUUAUUAAAAGUUGAAUUAGUAAAAAGAUAAGGAACAUCGUUCGAUAGAGGACAAGAAAUAAGAGCUCCAUAAAAAAUUAUAACCGUUGAUCAAGCACCUUCAAGAAGCUCAGAAUAGGUUAAUUAAAAUUUUAGAAUUUGCCUAGACCGAAUUCUAGUAGUAUUAAUUGAUUAUGGAGUAGAGUUUGAUUAAUAUGCAAGAAAAAUUAGGAGUGUUGGGGUAAAAUCCAACAAUUUCACAACUCGAAGAAUUAGCUGAGAAAAUUGGCAAAGGAGAUCGACUUAUUCCUUUUGAUUUUUCAACUGAGUGUGAGAAUAUGAUAACUAAUAGAUAAUAAAACUCUUUAAGUGAACAAUCAAGACGGAUACAGGAACUAUUCAAAGAAAUCAAAAAUAUAUUCUCUAAUUUAGAAAAUAAAAAUAUCAAUGAUUUUGAUUUUGCUUAUGAGAGCUAGAUUGACAAACAAUGCUAACCUAUUGGAGUAAACUAUCAGGAUAGAACAAUAGCAAUUUCUGAAGACAAAAAUAUUUCUCUUUGGAAUCUUGAUAAUUAUGCGUUUGAUAAAAUAGAUUAAUUGGAGGGACAUCUCGAUAAAGUCACUUGCAUUUAAUUUAGUUUACAAUAAAAUUGGUUUGUUUCUGGUUCAGAUGAUCAAACAUUGAAAAUUUGGAAAAUGAAUAAAGAUCGUUGGUGUUGCACUUAAACUCUGGUAGGACAUCAAAGUUAUAUUAGUGACAUUAAAAUCAGUAAUGACGAGAAUACUCUUAUAUCAUCUAGUUUUGAUUUUAAGAUCAAAAUUUGGUAAUAGAAGGACCAAAAGAUUUGGUACUGUUCUUAAACCCUUGAUAAUCAUAAAAACUAUGUUUAUUAUUUGUCUAUAAAUGGAUCUAAUAAUCUUUUUGCUUCAUCUUCUGGGGAUUGCACAUUAAAAAUAUGGUUGUUAAAAAGUAGAAAAUGGGAAUUAUAUAGAUCAGUUGAAAGGAGAUAAAAUGAAUGGAUUAAACGAAUCUGUUUUUUAAAUGAUACUUAAAUAGCUUGUCAGAUUGUUGGAUAACCAAAAAUUGUAAUAAUGUCAGUCAUUGGGAAUAAUGAAGUAGCAUCAUUGCAGGAAAUUUCAUUAACUGAGAAUGAUGAUGAGUACUCAUAUAAUCCCAUGAUUUAUUUUUAGAAGAAGAAGCUUAUAAUCUUGAAGAACAACAAAAGCAUACUAAUUGUAUAAGAAAAAAAUAAUGGAUUAUUUUAAUUGGUUCGUACUAUAAAAGGCAAUUAUCAAAGUCCAACGCUAAUUACAACUGGAAAGAGUUUAAUAAUGUUUGAGAAGGAUAAAAAAAUGUUGUAAUUAUUCAAGGCUUACUGA